CUGUUUGAUGUAAUGUAAAUCACUGACAGUGAGCAAGAGUCGAAGCUUCCUUUGCGCCAACGUUGAUCCUAACUCAUAAAAAGAUAUAAUGGAAUUUUCGCAGCCUCAAAUCCCUGCUAUUGGUGCCGUCAUAUCAGGAAAAGCAGCAGCAACAUGCAUGUCGUAUCACCGUGAAGGGAAACGUCUAUUCGUCAUAUCUGAAGCCGAUGCCCGUAUGCAAGUAAUCGACUGUGUGGCGGGUAAGCCCGCUCAAGUGCCACUCCGAGUCGAUCGCGAGCAGCUGCGUCUUGUAGAAGCAACGCAUCACGACCACUGUGUGUUAUUUUCCGGGAAAGGGUUGUCCAAUCAACCUCCAGGACAGAGGAAUGCCAUCAACUAUUACUCGGUUCACGACAAUAAAAUUCUGCGUAAAUUCAAAGGCCACCAGGAUAAAAUUUCUUGCUUAAGCAUGUGUCCGGCAGACGAUACGUUCUUAUCCAGUGGCGACGACCGAUCCGUGCGGCUUUGGAAUGUGCAACAGGCUGGGUGCUUGGCGGAAUGCAAACUUCCCGUAGAAGCGGCGGGCGGGACUUUGGCUGUUUUUGACUCGACGGGAUUGGUGUUCUGUGUAGCUGCCCGCAUGAAUACUGGUACGGGAUACUACCUGCACCUUUAUGACGCCCGGAAUUUUAGUGCAGGGGCGUUUGCGGAACUCAAA